AUGGAGCCAUUCCGCCCCCCACAGGAUAUCGCUAUCAUCGGUGCUGGCAUCGCCGGCAUCGCGUGUGCACUGUCCAUAUCCCGGGAACUCUCUCCCUUUGUGCCGAACCUGAGAAUCACGGUCUAUGAGCGCCAUGACGUAUUAUCGACUUCAGGCGGUGCUAUCAAUCUGACUCCCGUUGCCCAGAGACAUCUCGCACAGCUGGGCGUGCUGGAUGAGCUAGACCGGAUGGGUUCUGAGGGCGGUGCUGAUGUUGACGCUAUUGAACUUUUCUCUAUGCGUUCGGGUCGCUCGAUCGGCUCCAUCAAAUUCACAGACAACCAAGGAAAGGGAUUUGGCGGAUACAAGGGCCGAAGGGUUAUGCGGAUUGCUCUAUCCGUAGCCAUGUUGACCGUGGCGGAGCGCACUCCGAAUGUGGAGAUUGUCUUCGGCAAAAAAGUGAUCGGUGGCGAGGAAUUCGAGGAUAGAGCCGUUGUGCAUUUCCUGGAUGGCACAGCGGCAGUGGGAGACUUAGUCAUCGGCUGCGACGGCGUCCACUCGGCGGUCCGGACCCGAUUUGUGGACGUUGACCGGCCGGCUGAGUACACGGGGCUUUCCUUUUUACAAGCCACGAUUGACACGGCUACACUUUCAUCGCCUGCUCACUUCCGCACAUCAUCGCUCAAUAUCUCACGACAUGGCUCAAUGCUGGCCAGCUAUUGUGACCGUGAUUGCGAACAGAUCUUCGCUGCGGCUAUCGUUCAAUUUAGUCAGGAAUCGCUGAGUCGCCAUCGACUCCUUCCCGGUCAGGAUUGGGCCACCCAGAACAAAAUUCGCUGCGCCCUCCGCGAGGAGAUCAGAGACCGUUUUGGUAAAUGUACCAUUCCCUGUAUCAAAGAAAUGAUAGAGAGUGAAGCGGACUGGAUGCUUUAUCCCGUAUAUCAAGUUCCCCCCGGAGGGCGUUGGUGCAUGAAUCGAGUGAUUUUGCUGGGCGAUGCAGCACAUGCGAUGCCUCCGCGUGACGAGUCAGCUGCAUACGCACUGGAUGACGCAAUCUUGUUCUCUCGAAUUCUCACAAGCUAUCGCUCGGAGCCACUGACGGAGGUUUUUGAUGCGUACGAGAGUCUUCGUCGCGAUACAAUCAACCAUGCGUUCAAAGAGUCCCGUCGUAUGUGGGAACGAAACCGUGAGAUGGGAUUCUUAGAGGGCAGGAUAAAAGAGUGGAUGAUGACUUUCCAUCUCAAAACCAACGAAAACGCACGUGAGGCUGCAUGGGCCUUUGACGCAACUAAGAUGGCCCUCCCCACGCCAGCACCUAGUGAAGACUUAGUCUCACUGGAUUCAUUUUUGAGAGAUCGGACUCUAUGA